GAUCAAUGGGCAUUCCUGGAAGAAUGGGAGCUCCAGGGGAGCCAGGUCUAUCUAUCAUUGGCCCACGAGGACCUCCUGGUCAGCCGGGCACUAGAGGAUUUCCUGGCUUUCCGGGUCCCAUCGGCUUGGAUGGCAAACCUGGGCAAAAUGGUCAGAAAGGGGAUAUGGGCCCACCAGGUCCCAAAGGACUUCCUGGUGAACAAGGUCCAAAAGGGGAAAAGGGGGUGUGUGGUGAUUAUACACAUCGGAAACGGCGUAUUGUCCACCCAUGUGCUGGAGGACAGGCCACACAGGGUGAGCCUGGAGCACAGGGACCACCGGGCCCUCCUGGUCCUCCAGGGCCUCCUGGUAAUCCAGGACUGACUGGUGCUAAUGGGCCACCGGGAAAACCUGGAGAACCUGGAAAACCAGGAAAAGACCUGAGGAUGUUGACAGGAUUGAAGGGAGAACCAGGUGUACCAGGACAAAAGGGUGAUCAUGGUGAGACAGGAUUAACUGGACCUGAAGGCCCCAAGGGAUCCAAAGGGGAUCAAGGACAGAAGGGUGAAAAGGGGGAGCUGAGCUCAUCAGGAGUUGGCGUGAAAGGAGAACCAGGAGUGCCAGGACUGCCUGGAUCCAAGGGUCAAAAAGGUGAUCAAGGCAUUAAGGGUGAAACAGGACCUGAGGGCCAACCUGGACCAAGAGGUCCUCCAGGUGCAACAGGAGAACCAGGAAAAAUGUUAAUCAACAACAACGAGAAUGAUAUUCGUAAUGUGCACCUAAUGGGCCCACCUGGUCUACCUGGGCCUCCUGGGUUACCUGGUACCAAGGGUGAAGUUGGACUGCCUGGCCUUCCUGGUCUUGAUGGGGAAAAGGGUCCUCGGGGAAAAGCAGGAGAGCCUGGACCCAUUGGCCCACCUGGACCUGAAGGGCCACGAGGAGAGGGAGGAGUUAUGGGCUUCCCUGGACCUAAAGGGGAUAAAGGAGACAUGGGUCCCUCUGGGUCACCUGGUUUAGAUGGCCCUACUGGUGAAAAAGGGGCUGCAGGGCCUACUGGUCCUAUUGGAUUACCAGGAUCAAUGGGUCAGAAAGGUGAAGCUGGAGAAAAGGGGGAAAAUGGAGACCAGAUGUAUGGCCCACCAGGACCUCCAGGACCUGCAGGGCCAGUGGGGCCAAUGGGAUCUCCAGGAUUGUCAGGGCCAAAGGGGGAGCCAGGUCUGGGUGUGAGAGGAGAUAAAGGAUCACCUGGACAGAAAGGAGAUAAAGGAGACAGGGGUCAUCUUGGAUUACCAGGGGCUCAUGGUUUAGACGGCAAGCCUGGUCCAGUGGGUCUUAUAGGACCACCUGGUAUACCUGGACCAGCAGGACCAAAAGGAGAGCGGGGUGAGAAAGGAGAAAUGGGAGUAGCAGGACCAACAGGGCCUCAAGGUAUCCCUGGCUUAGUAGGACCACCAGGAUUAAAAGGAAACCGGGGGGAGAGGGGCAAGAGAGGCAACAGGGGGGCCAAAGGGGAUAAGGGAGACCAAGGAGCCCCAGGAUUAGAUGCCCCUUGUCCAUUGGGUGAUGAUGGUCUACCUGUACCAGGAUGUUGGAAUAAAUGACAUUAAUUCCGGAUUGUUGUGUUUGAUUGUACAUAGAAUAUUUAUUUUUGUACUGUUUGCUUUGUUAUAUGUUGGGGGGAAAAAAGUUAGAGAAAAUCCUAAAAAAAAAUACUGGCAGGACUUUUGUACAGAUUUAUUUUUAUUAUUGUUUAUUUUUUAUUACUGGCAAUCAUUUUUGAUGUAAUGGAUUUUAUACUGUACCUAUGCAUUAUGUAAAACGUUUUGAUUAAGGAGGAAAUAUACUGAGGCAGCAUAUGCAUGAUAUUUGUGCAUUAUGUUAACUGAUAUGUGCCUAUUAACUUAUUGUAUAAUGGUGUUUUGAUGAGCUGUAAGAGACCAUGCUGUGCUAAUCAGUGGAGUUGGAUUUUUGAAGUGGCCUUUCGUGUGGAAACCCCACAUUUCUGAGAUUUAAAUGGACACCAAAUGUUGUAUAGCACUGACCACCGCUGUAAUCUGUAAUGUUUACUAAAAGGGAUAAUUUAAAACAAUGUGCUUAGGACAUAUAACCAAACUUUUUGCAGUGUGAUUUUUCAAUAAGUCAGUUAGUAUCUUUCAGUACAUAUAUUAUUAGCAUGUAUGGUCAGUAAACGUUUUAAUCUUUUUGAGAGGGUGUUCUACAAAAAAAAAAGUCUAAAGUUGACAAAUUAACAGAGCAGCUUUUCGAGAUUAUUUCUCUCUAUGCAGGGUGCCUUAUAAUUAUUUUUGCUUUGACAGGCCAUACAUAUCAGUUACGGUUCAGUUCUUAUUUUAAGUAACUAUUUUUUUUCUUUGUAAGCCCAUGCCAUGUGUUAGAGUAGUACCAAAGCCAUGUUAUUCACCUGACUAAUACCUAUGAAGACUUUUUAGAAUUUUAACCAUAUGUAUAUUGCUGCUCAUUGACAAGCAAGCUGCUGCAUUUUGCUAUUAUGCUUCUCUGCCUUAUUGUACCUCAUCUGACAAGCUGAAAUCAGGAUGGAGGCAAAGCCAAACAAUAUACAACCUUUACACUUUAAUCAGCAUCCAGUCAUAUGAGGAGAGGCUCAAGCUAAUGUUUGUUCAUAUGUUUUGUUCCAUUGUCAUGUGUGUGUUAAAGGGGUGACUCAUUUGAUUUUUGUGUUUGAUUACUGCUGCUUACCAUGAAAAGCAUGUUUUAGAGAUUAACUAAAGCUUUAAUAACAAUCAGCUUCAGUAAACCAGUCAUCAGGCUGUAAUACCUCAGAUUGUGCUGCCAUGCUCCUAGCCAUAGGGGUGAAAGAAAUAUCGAGGAUAAUGUCUAAAAAAAAAAAAAAAAAAAAAAAAAAAAAGCUUUCUAGAUGAACAUCAAAUGCAAAUAAAUCAUAGUUAAACCUUUAUUGCUUUAAGCCAGUCUUAUUUUCUGAAAACAAAAGUCUUGCUCAGAGUUACUGAAUUCAUUUUUGCUGUCUAGCUUUGACUAAAUGUGCAUAUUGAUUUUACCAGCAAGUAGAAAAAUGGUGCCUUGUGUCCUAUAACGUGUGAUUGUGUUGUUCUAACUUGCACCUGGUGAGUGAAAAGUGUGAUUUCAUCCUUUUAAGCAUUGUAUACUUAGGCAAGAAUAAUAUCUGCAAACAUCUGAAACAUCAGCACUGUCUUUGACUUGUCUUUAUUUUAUUGAAAGGGUCAGAAUCCUUUCCAGCUGGCUAAGAAGUAACAACAAAUUGAGACCCACCUCUUUGCGGUGAGGUUUUAUUCUAAGCUAUAUGAAGAAACUUGAAGAGGAGAUCUUUGAGUUCAGACCUGCCGUGGCUGUUUCAUGGAUGUUCAUGAGCGUUAAAGCACACGUAGCUUUCCUGGGAGGCUCCACAGGGUGGCGUAGGUGAGCGCCCUUCUCUUUGAUAGGACUACAUGAGCAAUUUUCAUCUUGACAUUUUUUUGCUGAGGGCUUCGCUGGAGAAACAGCCAUAAAGAAAACAGUGUAUCAUUGCUCCAAAUUCUAUACACAUUUCUUUCUUUUUGUCAUGUUCACUAUGUGAAAAAUGAGCAUUUUUGUUGUUUCUUUUUCUUCUUUUUUUUCUUUGACACGAGUAACUGUGAUUUGAGAAUUCAGCGCAGCUCACUGAACAUGUCAUCUCGGUGGUCAUGUGUUUCCAGACUAACAAGCAAAAAAAAAAUCCUUUAAUGAUUCCUGAUUUUCUUCUUUCACUGCCUUUUGUCAGCCUGAGAGUGACAGGAAGUGUACAGAACCAUGCUGUAUGUGCCUUCACUUACAGCAGCUUCACUCACAGUCAGCUCAAUUCAUAUCACGUGUUUAAAAAUGUAUUUAUAUUUACAAGCUGCUUCAUAGUAAAGCAGACAGAGAUCCAGAUAUCACAACCCGGCAAGAAAGACUUGCAGCUGUUUAAGAUAUGUUUAUAAUUUGCUAUUCACAUUUAUAGAUGUUUUCGUGUAAUUGUCAUUUUGUUGCUGUUAGAAAGGUUUGGAGUUUGAUAUUCUUUCAUUGAAGAUGAUAGAUCAAACACCCACAGUUGUGUGAGAAAAAGCUUUUCUAAAUACAAAGUGUGCUUGUAUGCUAGGCAGCUAAACUUUAUUGAGUGAUUCUUGAACAAUAUCUGACCUGUCUAUGAAACACCUUUAUUUUUUAAAUCAAGAAACUGCUCUUUUGGCAAAAUGGUCACAUAAAGAUGGUCACUUUUUACUGAGUACUCCAUCAUAGGUGUUAUAUAGGGUUUUUUUUUUUUCUUUUUAAUGUACUUUAUUUAGGCCAAAGUCCCAUUUAGAGAAUCCCGUUUGUGUAUGAAACUGAAAGGCACAUGUAUGCCAUACACAUAGUAACACUAUUGCUCAGUACAUGAUAUCACACAAACGUUACCAAAAUGUUUUAUUUCUCACCAACAAUGUGACCUGGUUUCAUGUGUAGAAGCUUACAGUUGAUGAGAUGUUUUAUUAACGCUCCUGUUUAUGUGGAUAGCUUAAUGCACAGAAGCAUUCCUGAUGUCAUACUGUGUUGACUGCUGUUAUCAGCCUUCAUCCACAUUUAGAGCCUGUUAUCAACUAUACUUAUUUGUAUCUUCUACAUUUUCAUCUGCUAAAUGUUCUGUUAAUAUUGGUAUGUGCUGUUUGCAACACAAAAGCAAAAUAAUCCUUUUCUUUCUUUUUUUCAAAUAAAAUUUGUGACCUGUUAUUUAGGAUAAUUGGUUUCAGAAUAAAUUUGAAGAUAAAAUACACUGACUCCAAUCAACAUCAUUAAGACUUUUAGGGCUGAUUGAGUUGUGAAUGUCCAAAUGCUGUGGUUCAUGAGGCGUGAUGAUUAUCUUUGGCAAAGUAAGCAUGUAAGUAGAACUAUAACUUAAUAAUAGUAUAAAAUACUCAAACAGUAUUAGUUUCACAAAUACCUACUUGUGACCUAACUUGCUUCAGAAAUAUUCCUACCAAGAGUGAACAAAUUCAUUUUUCAUUAUCAUUUGUGAAUAUUUAAUGAAACCAUCUGUUUAACAUUUACUAUUUAACUACUUAUAGUUGAAGCCAUCCAACUCCACUGAAGCAUAUGAAGUGUUUUAUUUUAUGCCCAUAUCAUACUGAGGCAUUUUGACUGUUGAUUUUGCACAUUGAAAGCAGUGUGUUAUAAUUUACUUUGUCUCAGACAGCAUUUGCAAUGUUUGUACUAUGUCAUUUAUCUUUUAAACAUUUCCCUAAUGACAUGACUUGUACUGUGUCUCCGUGGUAUCCUGAACUUUGUACAGUGUACUCUUACUAUAAUAUGUACAAUAGAUUACUAAUUAGUAUAUUGUAGCUCUGAUGUAAACAUAUUAAAACUGGUAGUGUCUAGUCAAUUAUGUUUUCCUAGAUUUUUUUUUAUAUGUAUGCUAUGUAGGUAAAAAAAAAAGUAUUAUUAUUAUUAUUAUUUUUAAGUCAAUGCCAUGUUAAAAUACAGUAAAAUCAAAUCAGGUUAAUGUCUGUAUUAGUUUUAGGUGUACUUCAAACCUUUUAGUCUAUAUUUAUUAUUGCACCCAAGUUAGAAAAACCAGCAUUGAAAACAGGCAAAGAUUCAGUGUAGUCAAUGUAUUCAGCAUCAAUUCUUCAUGUAUUCAGCAAUGACAUUUACAAAAUCAUUGAAAAAGUGCCAGUGAUAUUCUUUAUAAAAUACGAUGUCUGAUGUUAUGUACAAAAGAGUGUGUAAGGUAACACUGUGUUUAUAUUGGCCGUUUCAUUCUGUGUUUUCUAUAUUUGUAUAUAGUAUAAAGGAUUGCUUUUGUAUAAAAAAAAAUCUGAUUUCCUAGCUGAUCUCAGCCUGCAUGACUGUAACUGUACGAGGAGUACAGUAGACUUUUUCUGUUACAACAGCUCUUAAGCUGCAGACUUGGUUGCCAGUAUUCUGAUUUCUGAUCUAUGGAUCUUACCUUUAGCCUUGCUGUGUUAGUACAGCAGACUUCUGUGACUGGUUGUGUUCUAUAGUCAGUUUAUGACACUACAGAUUCAUUUGUUUGGUUGGUUUUACAGAAUGCAUGCAGCAUGCACACUGGGAAGUAGUUUAUUGAAAUUCUCAUUGUUUUCUUGGUUAGCCCAGUUCAAAUAACUCCAAAAAUGGAUACAAGGGCAUUUCUACAUAGUGAUGCAAUUUUAAGGUUACAUGAUAACAAGAAUAUUCACUUGCAUGAUUAAUAUUGUUUUUAUGCAUUACAUUGUAUUCAGCUACAAUCUCAGUAGUCUAGCAAAUAUAGAGCAAUCUGUUUUCUUUCUGGUUUCUUUUUCCUUUAUUAUUUUUUCUUGAAACAAAUGAGAUGUAAUGAUUUAUUAUUGUUAUUACAACAGAUCCAUUGUAUGCCAUUUUAACACCUAAGACCUAAAUAUUUAUUUAUAUGAUUUUUUUAAACAUGUAACUAACCUGUUUUUCAGAGCAAUCAUUUACCAUCUGUAGCACAAUAAUGACAAUGUCACUCAAUAAAAGGUUGAG